AUGCCGCCGGUCAUGCCCUACGUGUGCACCAUCACAGGCGAUGCGUCCUUCUACCCUCCACUGGCAAAGAAGGGCCGCACGGAGCGGAGCGUGCUGGUGCACCGCAUGAUUGUGGCGCCCGAGAACACCAUCGAGAACAUCCUCCAGAUCGCCAUCGAUGAGAUCCCCUUGGAGUCGGAGAACCUUGUGACCGCCAUCCACAAGAUCGCCAAGAUCAGGCGGAAUAAGGACUCUCAGGUGGAGACUGUCACCGACGACCCCCGCUGGACUCGGCUGAUGCAAGAGGUCGUCGAUAGCGGCGCCGUGUUCAAGUUGCAGAUGCGCCCCCUGUCGCUCCUAGCGUGGGCGGUCUCCAGCCUGCGUGACCGCAGGCUCUUGCCUAUGAUCUUCGCGGUGGCCACCAAGCGCACCGGCAUGGGCGCGGUCCCGCAGGACCUCGCCUCCAUGGCCUGGGCGGUCGCCACGUCACGCGCACGCGACCAGCCCGCGCUCCUGCUGCUGGACAGGCUGGCGAAGGAGGCAGAGCCGCGGCUCGGGGAGUUCGUGCCGCAAGACAUGGCCAUGUGCGCGUGGGCCUUCGCCAAGGUGCAGGCGCGCGGCGAGGGCCGUUUCCUGCGCAUGCUCGCGGACGAGGCGCUCGCGCGCUCGGCGGAGCUGAACGGCCAGAACGUCUCGAACAUCGUGUGGUCUCUGGCAACCGUGCGCGAGCUCCACGAGCCGCUGAUGGCGUCAGUGGCGCUCACGCGCGCGGACGAUAUCAGAGGCUUCGGCCCCCAGGAGUUCUCCAACAUCGUCUGGGCUUUCGCCACGCUCGCCCAGGGUGUCAGAGAUCCUGUUCCGCCGCACGGCGCCGUGCGUCGUUCGACUCGCGAGGGACUGCGACUCCCAGCACUUGGCCAACAUCGCGUGGGCCUACGCCAAGGUGUCCCACCGUGA